UGUAGGUCAACUCUUGCGACGGCGUGUUUGGCUGGCAAAGGACCCACCAACGGCGGUUCAGCGUCGGCUUCUCAGGGUUUCAAGGAAAUAGUUUUCGUAAAUGAAACUUUAUCCAUCUGAAAUCAGAGUCAUCUUACGAAACACACCGUUUUGAGCCGGGUUAAGCGCUCUUUCAGCUUCCUCUGAAUAAGAUUCGAGUGGAAGCCAUGUUUCUCUACAACAUCACCCUGCAGCGUGCCACCGGCAUCACCCAUGCCAUCCAUGGAAACUUCUCAGGAACCAAGAUGCAGGAGAUUGUUGUUUCCAGAGGAAAGAUCCUGGAAUUAUUACGGCCAGAUGCCAACACAGGAAAGGUGCACACUCUUCUCACAAUGGAAGUGUUUGGCAUCAUCAGAUCCCUGAUGGCCUUCAGACUCACUGGAGGAACCAAAGAUUACAUUGUUGUGGGGAGUGACAGUGGUCGUAUCGUCAUCCUGGAGUAUCAUCCAUCAAAAAAUAUGUUUGAGAAGAUCCACCAGGAAACAUUUGGGAAGAGCGGCUGCCGCCGUAUUGUUCCUGGACAGUUCCUUGCUGUUGACCCAAAAGGCAGAGCUGUAAUGAUAGGAGCGAUAGAGAAACAGAAGCUGGUGUAUAUUCUGAACAGAGAUGCUGCUGCGAGACUGACCAUCUCCUCUCCACUGGAAGCCCAUAAAGCAAACACACUGGUCUACCAUGUGGUUGGAGUCGAUGUUGGGUUUGAAAAUCCCAUGUUUGCCUGCUUAGAGAUGGACUAUGAGGAAGCUGACAACGACCCAACAGGAGAAGCUGCUGCCAACACACAACAGACGCUCACCUUUUACGAGCUGGAUCUCGGCCUGAACCAUGUGGUCCGCAAGUACAGCGAGGCAUUGGAAGAACAUGGAAAUUUCCUCAUAACUGUUCCUGGUGGUUCUGAUGGGCCCAGUGGGGUUUUAAUCUGCUCUGAAAACUACAUCACCUACAAGAAUUUUGGAGACCAGCCUGACAUUCGCUGUCCCAUUCCACGGCGUAGAAACGACCUGGAUGACCCAGAGCGUGGCAUGAUAUUUGUGUGCUCAGCUACCCACAAGACCAAGUCCAUGUUCUUUUUUCUGGCCCAGACUGAGCAGGGAGACAUCUUUAAGGUUACUCUAGAAACUGAUGAAGAAAUGGUCACAGAAAUUAGGCUGAAGUACUUUGACACAAUUCCCGUUGCAACAGCGAUGUGCGUCCUGAAGACUGGCUUCCUCUUUGUGUCUUCAGAGUUUGGAAACCAUUACCUUUACCAGAUUGCCCACUUGGGUGAUGAUGAUGAUGAGCCCGAGUUCUCAUCGGCAAUGCCGCUGGAAGAGGGAGACACCUUCUUCUUUCAGCCACGCCCACUUAAAAAUCUUGUGCUGGUGGAUGAACAGGAGAACCUGUCACCAAUCAUGUCCUGUCAGAUUGCUGAUUUGGCCAAUGAGGACACACCUCAGCUUUAUGUAUCAUGUGGACGAGGACCCCGGUCCACUCUAAGGGUCCUUCGGCACGGACUGGAGGUUUCAGAGAUGGCUGUGUCUGAACUGCCCGGUAACCCCAAUGCUGUGUGGACUGUACGCAGACAUGUAGAAGAUGAGUUCGAUGCCUACAUUAUUGUCUCUUUCGUCAAUGCCACUCUGGUUCUGUCCAUCGGUGAGACUGUAGAAGAAGUGACAGAUUCUGGUUUUCUGGGAACAACACCCACUCUCUCCUGCUCACUCCUGGGUGAAGAUGCACUUGUACAGGUUUACCCAGAUGGUAUCCGUCACAUCCGAGCAGACAAGCGUGUGAACGAGUGGAAAACUCCUGGUAAAAAAACUAUUGUCCGCUGUGCUGUGAACCAGCGGCAAGUAGUCAUCGCCCUCACUGGUGGGGAGCUGGUCUACUUUGAGAUGGACCCGUCUGGCCAGCUGAAUGAGUACACAGAGAGGAAAGAGAUGUCUGCAGAUGUGGUUUGUAUGAGCCUGGCCAACGUUCCUCCUGGUGAGCAACGCUCCCGAUUCCUGGCUGUUGGGCUGGCUGACAACACUGUUCGCAUCAUCUCCCUGGAUCCUUCGGACUGCCUGCAGCCACUGAGUAUGCAGGCCCUACCAGCCCAGCCAGAGAGUCUGUGUAUCGUGGAGAUGGGGGGGGUGGAGAAACAGGAUGAACUUGGAGACAAAGGAACCAUAGGCUUUCUCUACCUUAAUAUUGGGCUUCAGAACGGUGUGCUUCUGAGGACUGUCUUGGACCCAGUGACUGGAGACUUGUCAGAUACCAGAACACGCUACCUGGGAUCACGACCUGUUAAACUGUUCAGAGUCAGAAUGCAAGGACAGGAAGCUGUGCUUGCAAUGUCCAGUCGCUCCUGGCUCAGCUACUCUUACCAGUCUCGUUUCCAUCUGACUCCUCUCUCAUAUGAGACUCUGGAGUACGCCUCUGGUUUUGCCUCUGAGCAAUGUCCAGAAGGCAUAGUGGCCAUCUCUACCAAUACUCUGAGAAUCUUGGCUUUAGAGAAACUUGGAGCCGUCUUCAACCAAGUGGCCUUCCCACUUCAGUACACUCCCAGGAAAUUUGUAAUCCACCCAGAGACCAACAACCUCAUUUUGAUUGAAACUGACCACAACGCCUACACCGAGGCCACCAAAGCUCAGAGAAAGCAACAGAUGGCUGAGGAGAUGGUAGAAGCUGCAGGUGAGGAUGAAAGAGAACUGGCUGCUGAGAUGGCUGCUGCAUUCCUAAAUGAAAAUCUUCCAGAAGCCAUUUUUGGUUCACCCAAAGCCGGCGCAGGACAGUGGGCCUCACUAGUGCGGCUGGUUAAUCCCAUACAAGGUUCAACACUGGAUCAAGUGCAGCUGGAACAGAACGAAGCUGCGUUCAGUGUGGCCGCUUGUCGAUUCACCAACACGGGUGACGAUUGGUACGUCCUGGUCGGUGUUGCCAGAGACAUGAUUCUCAACCCAAGGUCAGUGGGUGGCGGCUUCAUCUACACAUAUCGACUCGUCAGUGGAGGGGAGAAGCUGGAGUUUGUGCACAAGACCCCAGUAGAGGACGUGCCUUUGGCAAUCGCACCAUUCCAGGGACGAGCCCUAGUUGGAGUGGGAAAACUGCUUAGAAUCUACGACCUGGGGAAAAAGAAGCUGCUACGCAAGUGUGAGAACAAGCACGUUCCCAACCUGGUGACUGGCAUCCACACCAUUGGCCAGCGUGUCAUCGUGUCUGAUGUCCAGGAGAGUCUGUUCUGGGUUCGUUACAGACGUAAUGAGAACCAGCUCAUCAUCUUCGCUGAUGACACAUAUCCCCGCUGGGUGACGACGGCCUGUCUGCUCGAUUAUGACACCAUGGCUGCUGCUGACAAGUUUGGGAACAUCAGCAUCGUGCGUCUCCCCCCUAACACAAGUGAUGAUGUGGAUGAAGACCCCACUGGGAACAAGGCUCUAUGGGACAGGGGCCUCCUCAAUGGAGCAUCACAGAAGGCUGAGAUAAUAAUGAACUACCAUGUAGGAGAGACAGUGUUAUCUCUGCAGAAGACUACUCUGAUUCCUGGUGGUUCAGAGUCCCUGGUCUACACCACACUGUCUGGAGGCAUCGGCAUACUAGUCCCAUUCACUUCACAUGAGGAUCAUGACUUCUUCCAGCACUUAGAGAUGCAUAUGCGCUCAGAGUUUCCUCCUCUUUGUGGCAGAGACCAUCUCAGCUUUAGAUCCUACUACUUCCCAGUCAAGAAUGUGAUUGAUGGAGAUCUGUGCGAGCAGUUUAACAGCAUGGACCCUCACAAGCAAAAAAGUGUGGCAGAGGAGUUGGACAGAACACCACCCGAAGUCUCUAAGAAGCUGGAGGACAUUCGCACUCGCUACGCUUUCUAACCUCACACACGGACAUUUCGCACAACACACAUGAAUUUUACCAAUGCAUACGUUUCAGGACCCACAGAUCGUUGCUUUUCCCAGCUGCGAGUCAUCUUUAGUGAUUCAGAAUGAGGUAUUAUGCGGUUUACUGUGAGCAGACACCAGCUUACAUGGAAACCUACAAGAAGCCACUCGGCUUGUAAGUGUCUCACGUUGACCACCUGUGAUGUAAUAACCUGCUUUCAAGUGUGUGAGCAUUUAGCUGCUGCGUGAACAGGAAUGACACACAUACUUUUUCACGGGUCAGUUACUGAGAAUUUGUCAGGUUUUUGUCACCUCCAACUACAGAAACCAUGCAUGCAGCACCACAAAGACACGUUACAUGGAAACAUGACAAAGCUGUUGUUUCUCUAAACAUUGAGCAGUAGCUUUGGUGUCUUUCACACUUACAUCUGUGCGAGCAGAAUUUGGCACAGCUAUAUGAGAGUUCACACGCUUGAUCGCUUUUUCUGUUCACAAAGAGAUCACAGUUAGAAAGUGUCAGUCAUCGUGGAAGAAAAUCAUUUUUUUUAUUUAAAGAGUUUUUGCAUUCCCCCUAGUAGGAAAGGCUAGUUGAUGUCUAAUGUACACAAAGCUGUCUCUGAAAUAUUUCAUUUUGUGUAUCCUCCAGCUUUGACCACAGGAAACUUUUUUUUAUAAUGAUAUCAUUUUAAUUUGUGCUAAUUGGAAUAAUUUGUUGUGACACAUACAUACCAUUGUCCCAGAUGGUAUAAAACUUCCCAGCCCCAAACCCUUCCUGUCUUUGUGAUGUCAUGUUGGCCCCCAGGCUCAUUAAAAAGCACAUUGCUUACUCACACCUGGGAGCCUAACACAAGCUGACACCUAACUGUGUGUAAGCUGCAGCCUGCAGUCCAACAAGUGCCGCCGUUCUGUGGAGUUGGUGGAAAAAUACUGAAGGUUUGCACUGGGUGUUGUUCUUGUCAGUCCAGUAAAUUCCCAACCUCAGCCACAGACAUAGCAAUCCACAGUAGUCACUGAAUUUAGGGGGAUUGUGGGACAGGUCAGUGGUCUGUUUUUGUAAAUAAAGUUGUUUUUGUUCUUUAUAAUG